GAUGGCUCUGCGAUCUGUUGGUCGAGCCUAGCCCGUUUAGGAUUGUUGUCAUUUUUUUUUCUUCCUGGGGUUAGCCUUAGCACUGGCUAACCGCUUGGAUUUUUUUCCUCCCCAACAUACUGCGAUUCAGCAGGAUGUUAGGAUGGACUGGGGCGAAGCUCUGCCGGACUGCCUGGUGUUGGAGAUCUUCAUGCGACUGCCCCAUGACGCUGUGCUGAGAGCCGGCCUGACCUGCAAACAGUGGCUAGCCGUCUCCAGAGACGAGUUCCUGUGGAGGGAGCUGUUCUACAGCUACUACCGCAUACCGCGCUACGUACCCCGGCACCCUGCGGCGGUGUCGUGGUACAGGGAGUUCAAGCGUCUCUUCGACUGCAUCCCCUGCGUGGAGGUUCAGACGCUGAGAGAACACAGCGACCAGGUCCUGCACUUGGCUUUCUCUCACAGAGGUCACCGCUUCUCCUCCUGCUCCAAAGACUGCACUGUUAAGCUGUGGGACACGGAGCGUCCAGAUGGGAAUAUCUCGUUGGUACACAGCUCCAGCAUGCGGCAGUUCAACUGGGGCUACACCCAGUUCUCCCAGUUCAACGCCGACGACAGCCUGCUGCUCGUGUCCGGCGUCUACCUGGGCCCGCACCACUCGUCGUCUGGGGAAAUCGCAGUCAUCAGUCUGGAAAAUUACUCACUGCUGUCACGUGUUAGGAAUAAGCCGUACGAUGUGUUUGGCUGCUGGCUGAACGAGACCCACCUGAUCUCAGGGAACCUACACUGGAUUGGCAACAUGACGUCCUGCUCCGUGCUUUGGCUCAAUAAAGCCUUCCAGGACAUUGAGUCGGAGAACGUCAACGUGGUCAAGCGCCUUUUCAAGAUCCAGAACAUCAACGCGAGCACCAUUCGCACGGUCAUGGUGGCCCACUGCCGUCGCCACGACAACCCGGACCUGCUGCUGGACUACGAGGCCCAGUCUGAGGCCCGGAGGCAGAACGGGCAGCGGCGGCAGCAGCAGAACCACCAGCCUCUCCUCUUCGACCUGGGAACUUCCGGCAGCGAGGAAGAGGACGAGGAGCGGGAGAUAGAGGUAGAGGAGGAGGAGGAGGAGGGGAGUCGGAGGGAAGCGAGGAGCAGAGGCCUCCCCUCUGCCCGCUACCCUCAGCCCACCAUCUCAGGCCUGGAGCACGUUAAGCAUAGUCGUAAAACCGUGGGGCCGAGGGAGCUGGCGAUCGAGACCCGGGUGGCCCAGAUGAUGGGCAGAGCCCACACGAAAGCCCCCGACCCCAGCCUCAUCGAGCCCUCCGAGCCCGGGGAGGGAGAGGACAAAACGUACUUACUGUUCACCACCGGCAGCCUUACAUACUCUCCUCAUCAGAUCGGCAUUAAGCUAAUCAAGCCCGACCAGAUGACUACUUGUGGACCUGUACUCGGGGAAGAGCGGAGUUCAGAGGAGUUUUUUGACUCUCUGGACCAUGUCAUUGAUAUCCACGGCCACAUCAUCGGUAUGGGCCUGUCUCCUGACCACAGGUACCUGUACGUGAACAGCCGGGCCUGGCCGGCCGGCUGCGUGAUCUCCGACCCCAUGUCUCCGCCUCCCAUCGCCGAGGAGAUAGACCUGCACGUCAUCGACCUGAAGAGUUUGAGGGAGGAGAGGAGAAGCCUGCGCGCCCACCGAGCCUUCACGCCCAACGACGAGUGCUUCUUCAUCUUCCUCGAUGUCAGCAGAGACUUUGUUGCCAGCGGAGCGGAGGACAAGCACGGCUACAUCUGGGACCGCCACUACAACAUCUGCUUGGCCCGGCUGGCUCACGACGACGUGGUGAACUCCGUGGCGUUCAGCCCCGCCGACCAGGAGCUGCUGCUGUCCGCCAGCGACGACUCCACCAUCAAGGUGUGGCGCUCGCCGCGCAUGGUCCGCCUCGCCCAAGCCCCCGCCCGGCCCCUGAAGCCCCGCAGCCUCCUCCCGUCCUGGCUGAGCCGCAACAAGAACUCCUCGUCCGCCGGCAGCGUCAAUGGAAAACCGUGAGUCACGUUGGACGACACAACGAAUGGGAGCGGGGGUGAUGUUGGCGUUUUUCCUCCGUGGUGUGAAUAUAUAUAUAUGUGUAUCUAUAUAUAUAUAUAUACACACACUCCAUGUGUAUGUAGGGUGGUUACAGUCGAUGGUUACAGUCAGUGGUUCUGCCCGACUCUCGUUGUCGUGACCCGAAACAGUGCGAGGCAGCGUCUUCAGCUGGCAGGAGAGUCACAAGGGGGCGCUGUCGCUCCAACAAAAGGACGUAAAUCACUGUGUUGCUGUUGGCUGGAAUGAUAUGCAAUGUUAUCACUAAUAUAGUAUAGCGCUGUCACCUAAAUGCACAAGACAUGUGUCCAACACUGAUCCCCAAGACAGGCUUGUUAUGUACUUUUAUUUUUACGUGUAACAAGGCGUCUGAAUGGGUCAGGACCUGCACCCGAGAUGUAAAUGUCUGUAAAUGCACUGGAGAGGAGACGCUCGCUGUCAUGUCCUCUUCAUCAGGGGAAAAAGGUGCAAGUUUAUAAUUUCAAACUUGUUUUGUUUCUUAUUAAUUGAUAUUUGUCUUGUCUUGAUCUUGCUUCCUGAGAGUAAUUAUAAAGAGGUUUAAAAACCAAAAGGGAAAAAAAAAACAAAAAAACAAAAAAAAAACAGAACACUACUGAGCUGCUUUUAAUGUAGUCUGCCUUGGUUUUAACGACGUUCCACCCCCGAUGUUUUUUUGCCCAAGAACUGAUCGAUCACAGUUUACGUGUAGAAUUAUUGAGUCAUUUAUGAAAGAAAAAAAAAAGUUGUUUGUGUAGCUAAUUGUUAUUGGACCUUUAUAAUGUAGCGGUGUAUUUAAACCCUGUUUAUUGAUUAGGAUUACAUGCUUUAAUUAUGUCAACUCAUUCUCCCUUUUGUCUCCUCAUUAGACAUAUAACAGAAGGUUUGUUUAGUUUCCCAACGUAACAUCCUUAACUAAUAAUGUGCAUACUGAACAUGUUACAUAUAUAUUCCUGUACGGUUGAUGUGGAAGUCAUAAUCAUUAUUGUAAGUUGUUUGAAAUAUCAAUAUGGUGAAUUAGUCAUUUUGUACAACAAGCAGAGCUGGAUUUGAGAAACACAUACGUCAGCCAGUACUUUACAUCAUUUAGAGAGAAUAAUACUGGACUCAGACUAGAGGAGUUUUGGGCUGAUGUGUGCUCACCCCAAUCCCACAUGACUAUCUGAAGACUCCCUUAGUCCGGACCAGACCAGACUCGAUACUGAGGUCCUUCCCAGACGGUCUUAUGAGUGGUUAAAAAAAUUCCGAUUGACAUCAGAUUUUUCUUUUUUCAUUUCCCUCAAUUGUUUCCUUGUCCACGCUCGUUUAGCCUUCUGCUUUUGAAUUUCCCACUGUGUUGCAAUCUGACUGGCGAAAGACAAAGUCAAAGGAUUGCAGGGGCACCGCUGCCCCCAGGUGGACCGGAGGUUAGACUGUGAAUCCAAAUUGUUGCACCUUUAGUUUAUGUCAACUUUUCCCCACGGGACCACAUCAGGUAGCGUAUCCAGUUCUUGCUGAUCGGGCGCAAUAAUCUAAAAUCCUUCUACAAACGUUGUGCAAGACUAGAAGGAAUAAUAUCUGUCAAGUGUCUGAUGUUUAAAACUCCUGUAAUCUGAGCUCAGCUUAAAUUUACUUCUUUGACGUUUAAUUGGAUGUUUUCUCGUCUAUUAUCGGUGAGUCAUUUAAAAGAGUAUAUUGAAACAGUCUCAUAGGAGGCCCACUUAACCUCCUGUCACUUUGAUUUAUCUUAAAAUCCUCAGCCGACUUAUCUGUGUUGAAAUGGGCGAGUACUUUUACAUCAUACCUGUAGUUUGACUGAAGGUCCUCUUACUGUUAAUGGUCGAGAUCUCUAAAAACAAAACAAAACAAAACAAAAAGUAACACAUAACAAGUGAACCCUGACUUUGUUUUCUGUUUUGUCUGCGCAAGGUUCAGGUACUUUUCUAACAUUUACAUACAGACAUUACCAUAUUUUCCCUUCCGCAGGGGGAGACGAGUGAGACUGAUGGUAAAACCCUUUAAUUCUGAUUGUGUGUCCAUUUGGUUUUCAAGUUUUAAGACGGACUUGCAUCAGCAGACCUUUCACCAGCUGAACACUGAACAGUAUUCUCCACGUUUUGCAAUGUGUGUGGUAAUAAGUCAUUAUCAUUAUUAUUAUUCCAUGUCACUUUCACAAUGAUAGCUACUAAGCUCCAUCGCUAUGAUCAUGAUUUCCCUGUUCGCUGUUUUUUUUUUUCAUUUUCAUACUCCCUUUGAAUAAAAGGCAUGCCCAUUAAGGCCCAGAAGUCUGAAA